AUGAUUGAUUCCAAUCCAAUUCAACAAUAUAUUAGGAAAUAUGAUGACCGUUCAAGACGUAGUCUUGAUAUUCGACAAUGGCAAUUCGUUGAUACAUUAUAUAAACAUUUUUACAAGGAUGAUAGUUAUCAAUAUGAUGGAGAUAGAGAAAUUCGACAGGCCGAAGCUUCACCAGAAUUCGGACCUGUUCAUGGACCAAUAAGUAUUGAACAAUUACCAGCAAUGUUAGCAGCAAGACACGUUAAACGUUAUCCAUUUUCACAAGAUGCUGAUCCUGAUAUAAUUGGUCGAUGA